ACCUAGUUUUGUUUUCGAUUUUUGUUGCAUAUUUUGUUGAUGAUGGAGCUUAAGAAACUUUAAUUGCGUUUAAAAAACAAACAAACUCGGACUCCAUUGCUAAAAUGUGAUGAAUUAAUUUUCAAUAAUCAACAUAAAUUCGAUAGAUUUCCUGCCAUGUUACGAAAGAAAUCUCCUUUUUAAGGUUUUGCAUCAAAUAAAUCAUGGCAGAAUCACCGAAGGAUAUAAAGCCCUUGCAAAUCGGAGUUCGAUUCAAACAACCGGCCAUUGUACUUCUUUAUCAAAAAGAUUCCAAAUAUCGCAAGCGGGUCAUGCCCGUGCGGGAAUUCAAGAAGAGUAGCUCUGUGAGCUUAACGGCCAGCGAUCUCAAAGAACAUCACAGCCAGUACCUCGAAGAUGUUCCGAAUUUUAAAAUCGAAAAAAUGUUGAGACUCAUUCAAAAUAAUAUGAAAGGUUUGGAUUUGGACGAGAAUCUCCAAGAGAUUAACAAAGAGUUCUCUGUAGAUCCCGAUGAGAAUUUGAAUGAUAUUGAUGACGUCACUCUCAAAAGGAAGAAAGAAAUUAUGGAUUUGACUUUUGAAAAGAACAGGAAGAAACCGGGUGAUCCUGAUUUCCAGUAUGAUGUUGAGGUUGAUUUCUCACAAACUGCUGGGAUUGAAUCUUCUAUAUGGGACUCUGAAAAAGAAGCUGAUGAAUUCUAACAGAAGAUAUUUUUGAAAAGAAUUUUUGAGUGAACCCAAGGCAAGGGAUUGUAAAAAUGAAUUACAGGAUUCGGUUUAAUUGUUUGUUUCAUUUUUGUCAAAUGAUUACAUCAACUAUUUGUAUUUUUAUUUGGGGGGGGGAGGGCAAAUUCUUUAAGUUUAUUUUCAUUAUAAUGUUAUAUUUUGAAAAGGUGAAUCAUCAGUUCAAAUCUAACUGCUGUUAAAAGUCUAAAUGUGAAUCUUACGUUAAUAGUUGUGGAAAACGUGCUGAUUGUCUAACCUGAAAUGUCCACGUUGCUAAAUAUUUCCAUGUGAAAAUGUUUAAACAGAAGUAACUGUACAUAACUUUUCAUGUGCUGAAAGAAUGAGUGGUUUGAGACUGCUUUAUCAAUCAAUCAUGUCUUCCACAGAAAAUUUGAAAGUGAAUUUUCACCUUAUUUCUAUUAUAAAAUUAUACCGGUGAUAUAUGGUGCGGCACCAAGCCUGAAUUGCUCUUUCAAAGUUACUCUCAAAUUAUUGUGAUAUCAUAUUAAAGUAAAAUAUCUUUAAAUUGAAAAUAACUAUUUUCUUUGAAUUUUGUGAAUUAUAAGUGCCGUUAUCAAUUUUUAUGAUUGACGACAAUUCAAUUGCAUUUUUUGAUUUUCGAAUCGCCAAUAAAUUUUCGCAUUUUGUUUACAAAAAUAAGAAGAAAAAAAAAAGAUGUCUUUACUUAAAAAGGAAAGUUUUCAUGUAUCGAAAAGAAAAUUCAAUUCAACUAUUUUUUCCCAUUUCUCCUUAAUUAUAAUAAUAAUAUUAAUAAAAGUUAUUGUGGUUGUGUAUAUAUGUAUAUUCUACAUCUCCUUCUAAACAACUAGGCUAAAUUCUAUCAAAUUUUGUUAAAUUAUUUCAUAAAACAUGAGAAAGAAUGCUGCCAAUUUUUCAAAAGUGUAAGUAUUUAUUAAUUAUUCAAUCAAUUAGAAAUUAUUCAAAAUUUUGUCCUUUGAAUUGCUUUGUCAUCAUUUUACUACUUUUUCUUUUAUUUUAAAACUUCUUUUGAUAAUGACUAAAGUAUGUUUAAUAGCAAGCUUAAAUUAGAUUCAAACGAAGACCAUCUUUCUUAUAUUUCAGCAUUCGUAAACAAAGUUUGCAGUAGAUUAGGUAGUUGCUACUUAUGGAGAGAGUUAGCUAUUGAUAUUUUUAAGAUUCGUCUAGUUCAAUUGAUAUGCUAAUUUUAUUUAAAAAAUGUUUCAGACGAUUAAAAAGAUAUUGUAUCUUUAAUUAGAGUAGUUUAUAUGUUAAAAAUCUUGUACAUGAAAGGAUUUUAACCCCGAGCAACGCCGGGUAUAUCAACUAGUUUUUAUAUAUUUUCUGUAUUGCCUGUUAUUCUUUUAAAAUUGAUCUCAAACUCUCUUUACGGUAAAAUACAGCACAGCAAAAGUUGAAUGUUUUUUUUUUUUAAAUAAUGAAAAAAUAAAAAUUAUAUUCAUUUUAAUUCUCAUGAGGAAGUGCACAUGUUCUCAAGAGUCAUGGUGUAUUCAAUUAAUUUCCUCUUUUUUGCUUUUGAUUUGUGGUUUGCAUUUUGAGACGAGUUUGUGCAAUUGAAAUCUAGCAGAGAUUAUUCCUUUUUGAAAUGUUUUUUCAUUUAUUUCAAAUAUUGUGGAUGGCCUUGCAAGAAGUCUUUUUGACGUAUUUUAGCAAUUCGAGAUAAUUGCAUAUUCCGUCCAUUUUUAUUCAGCUCGAGAGAGCAAAUAGAAAACUAUUUCAGUGCGAUGUAUAAGAAAUCGAAAAAAGGAUAGUUUACUAACAAUAUAUGUCUCACAGGGGAGGGGGCACUUCAUAAUUGAAGAUGAAAAGCUUCGGGCAUGUUAGUUUGUUCUCGCCAUCCUUAUAGGUACACGAAAAGGUGAGGGUCUGGCUGCCCCCAUCGAUGACGGGACGUACUUCUUUAGGGUUGAGCUGUACCGUGGCCGAUGAUGGCUCUUAGGAAUCAACCACAGUUCCCACCAUUAUUGCUGUUGCGGCGGUCCUGCCAUUCAAGUUUUUCCGUGUGCCUUUCGGCGGGAUGGAGUAGUCAGUUUGUGAUUACUAACAAUAUGUGCUCAUUUGUUAGACCAUGGCAAAUUAGUUUUAAAUAGGAAGUUGUGUCCAAAAACAAAACCCGAGGCUCUUAGGAUACGAAUUAUAUCGAAAUAUUUUGUAUAUCGAAAAUGUAUUGAUAUAAUGUAUUUAUAUUGAAAAUACAAUUUCAGCAUGAUAAGGCGUCUAUACGUUUUAUCAAUGUGCUAGGGUCUUCGAUAGAACUAUCUGCAUCGCGGGUUCGCCUAAUUAGAAGACAGGAGAUGGAUUACAAAUAGGAUCCUCUUUUAGACCCCACUUCCAUGGUUAUUUAUUAUUAUUAUUUUACUUGGGCAUACAUGAAGUCCAUGAUUUAUGAUUCACCCUAUAAUGUCGGACAUCGGCCUCGUCGUCAGGAUCGUAGUUGCGGUGCUCUAUGUCUGUGUUGCACUUCCACAAGUUGGUGGGCCCGAGAAUGCAUUGAAACCAGCUUUAAAGCGAAUGAAAAGGUUUCUUGAACAUUUUUUUUAUUAUGUUGCUUAAAUUUUUCCAUCAUAUACAUUAUAAAAGUUCUUAAAUAAAAUCAUGCUAAUACUGCUUCCUUUUCUUCUUAUUGUUAUAUUGCCGUAGCAUCAUAUGGUUUUAAUUUUGGAUACAUCUGAUACAACUUUUCCUCUCUAAAACUUGUCAGUUGGUCUGACAGAAGAGCUGUAAAGCUUGUAUAUCACCUUUUGAAGCACUCUAUAUGGUAAUAAUGAAUUGUAUAAAAUAUGCGCGCAAAGUAUAUUGAAUUUGUUGCUGAAUGAAAUAUAAUGUUAAGAAAGAAUUUUUUUUACUUUGGGAAUAAAAAUUAUUUUUGACUGCAAUUACUGUAAAUCUUCUUAUUUUUGAGACUGAAAAUA